GUGCUGGGGGGUUCCCUGGCCCUUUCGGCAGGGGUAAAACAAUAAGAGGGGGCGGCGGCAAAGGGGGCGGGACGUCCGUGGUCCUGGUCGGUCGCCGCAGCGCCUGGCGCCCGGGAAGAGGUGGUUGUGAGGGGUAACGAGCUCGCGGCUCUCCGGCUUCCGAGGCUUUAGGUUUGUCGAGGGAGGGGGAGGCGAGCGAGAAGAAUCCGCUGCAGCCGACCCUCGGCUACUCUCCUGCUGACCUCCGCGCGACGUAUCCGCCGCCGCUGUUGGUUGGAGCAUUUGACAUUGUGCAGCAAAGAAAUGGUUAUGGAGAAGCCCAGUCCGCUGCUUGUAGGGCGGGAGUUUGUGAGGCAAUAUUAUACUUUGCUGAAUAAAGCUCCAGAAUAUUUACACAGGUUUUAUGGCAGGAAUUCUUCCUAUGUUCAUGGUGGAGUAGAUGCUAGUGGAAAGCCCCAGGAAGCAGUUUAUGGCCAAAAUGAUAUACACCACAAAGUAUUAUCUCUGAACUUCAGUGAAUGUCAUACUAAAAUUCGUCAUGUGGAUGCUCAUGCAACCUUGAGUGAUGGAGUAGUUGUCCAGGUCAUGGGUUUGCUGUCUAACAGUGGACAGCCAGAGAGGAAGUUUAUGCAAACCUUUGUUCUGGCUCCCGAGGGAUCUGUUCCAAAUAAAUUUUAUGUUCACAAUGAUAUGUUUCGUUAUGAAGAUGAAGUAUUUGGUGAUUCUGAACCAGAACUUGAUGAAGAAUCGGAAGAUGAAGUAGAAGAAGAACAAGAAGAAAGGCAACCAUCUCCGGAACCUGUGCAAGAAAAUGCUAACAGUGGUUACUAUGAAGCUCACCCUGUGACUAAUGGCAUAGAGGAGCCUUUGGAAGAGUCCUCUCAUGAACCUGAACCUGAGCCAGAAUCUGAAACGAAAGCUGAAGAGCUGAAACCACAGGUUGAGGAGAAGAACUUAGAAGAAUUAGAGGAGAAAUCUGCUACUCCUCCUCCUGCAGAACCUGUUUCUCUGCCACAAGAACCACCAAAGGCUUUCUCCUGGGCUUCAGUGACCAGUAAAAACCUGCCUCCUAGUGGUACUGUUUCUUCCUCUGGAAUUCCACCCCAUGUUAAAGCACCAGUCUCACAGCCAAGAGUUGAAGCUAAACCAGAAGUUCAGUCUCAGCCACCUCGUGUGCGUGAACAACGGCCUAGAGAACGACCUGGUUUCCCUCCUAGAGGACCAAGACCAGGCAGAGGAGAUAUGGAACAGAAUGACUCUGACAACCGUAGGAUAAUUCGCUAUCCAGACAGUCAUCAGCUUUUUGUUGGUAACUUGCCACAUGAUAUUGAUGAAAAUGAACUGAAAGAAUUCUUCAUGAGUUUUGGAAACGUUGUGGAACUUCGCAUCAAUACCAAGGGUGUUGGGGGAAAGCUUCCAAAUUUUGGUUUUGUGGUUUUUGAUGACUCUGAACCAGUUCAGAGAAUCUUAAUUGCAAAACCAAUUAUGUUUCGAGGGGAGGUACGCUUAAAUGUGGAAGAGAAAAAAACAAGAGCUGCAAGAGAGCGAGAAACCAGAGGUGGUGGUGAUGAUCGCAGGGAUAUUAGGCGCAAUGAUCGAGGUCCUGGUGGUCCACGUGGAAUAGUGGGUGGCGGAAUGAUGCGUGAUCGUGAUGGAAGAGGACCUCCUCCAAGAGGUGGUAUGGCACAGAAACUUGGCUCUGGAAGAGGAACCGGGCAAAUGGAAGGCCGCUUCACAGGACAGCGUCGCUGAAGCUCCACUGUUGGCAGAGUCUUGGCAGUGGUACAUUAUUCAUCGUGUUUGCAUUCUUGUUAAUUUUUUUUGGCUUUGGAAUGUGACACAGCCUUUUUGAUCCUUUCUUUGAUGUGAAAAGCAUCUUUUGGUUAUCAGUUAAAUUGAGGUGGACAUUAUUUCCCCAAUUUCACAACAGGAUUCACAUUGUUAACUUAUAAAUCUAGACUUGGAGAAUUAAGGACUGAAAAAUGACCGUAUCUUAAACUAUCUACAACAAAACGAACUUAAAAGGACAUGCCCACUGAAUUCAGGUCCUUUGAGUCAAAAAAAAAAAAAAAAUCUUCUGCACAUUUUGUUUAAGUGUUACUGUUUCUGCCUGUUAAUGUUGGAAACACAAAUAGUGCAAUUUGUGCAAUUGGAGAAUCUUGCCUUUUUUCUUGGCUCCCCCCAAAAAUACAAACCAACAGAAACUCAUCAGAAUGCACUAAUGGGUACUCUGAACUCAUUAACAUUGACAUCUGCAACAGGAGGCAACAGGGGAAAAAAUCUUUCAUCAUCAUUUCCAGUAGACAAUAGUUUGUGAAAUGGUGAGGGCAUUUUAUCUGCUUGCUGUGACCAGCGUGUGUACACAUAAACCUUAACGAGACUACAAGUAUAUUCCAGAAGGAAAUCAUUUAGUUAUGAACUAAAUAACAAAAAUCAGAACUUCAAAUGCUAUGGUCUUGACUAUUAGACCAGAUUUAGUAGCUCCAUAUCUAAGAUUUUUCUACCUGCCCCUCUUCAGUACAGGGAUGGCUGGCUGCUCAACACACUCCUCCUCCCCUCUUUCCUUUCUUUAAGCUGUGUACAGUGAAAAUUGUCUUUACUGUAUUUUUGUUCUCUAGUAAUGUAAUAAGCAUGAUGGUGCCUUCUAUUAAUACAUCAUUCCAGUCUUGCUGGUAAUUUUGUACAGUAUAGUGUAUGAAUUGCUGUGCUGCAAAGCCAAACAGCUGCAAAACGUUGAAAAAUCAUUGAAGUGUAUAAAAAUUGCAGUAUCUUUAAAAUCAGUAAAAUGGACCUAGCAUAUUA